CAGCGCCGCCCCGCCACCAGCGCCGCCUGGAGGACAGGUGCGUCACUGCCCGCUUGAACAACAACAACACCCGUGAAGCAACACCUCGGCAGGAUGACCGUGGCGUCCCUCCUCCCCGCGGCGCUGCUGCUGGGCCUCGUGGCAGUGGGUGGGGCCAUCAAGUGCUACCAGUGCUCCACCGAUGAGGACCCCAAGGGCAAGGACCUGUGUGGGGCAUACGAGCCCUUUGACGAGACGGCGCACAUUCCGGUUGACUGCCUGCAGGAAGAGUCUGUCACCCCCGGCACCUUCUGCGUCAAGAUUACCAAGCAGUCGCCGCGAAUGUUUAUCUGGGAUGGACGCUGGCGCACGGUGAUUCGACGGUGUUCCUCUGUGACAGAAACGGGCGUCACCAACAUGUGCAACUGGGGCCUGGAUCCUAAUGGGGUGUACUGGGAGGAGUGUUACUGCACCUCCGACAGCUGCAAUGGCUCCUCUUCCAUCACCUCAAGUGGUGUGGCGGUGGCGGCGCUGGUCCUCGCCUCACUUGGGUACCUCUGGCAACACUGACACAGCUGAAGCUGCUCAACAAGACUGAUUGUAAGUUAGAAUAGAAAUGUACAUUCCACUGUCAAGGCACAUCUACCACUACAGAAGUUACUGAUGAAGAAGUGAUGGAACAGGUAAAAGUCUCCGGAAUUCCCUGAGGCAACAUGAAAUCAAAGGUAAAACUUGUGACUAAACGAAGACUUCUCAUGCUGAUUAAAUGUGAGAACUUACAAGCUCGUGUGUUGCCUCGGGUUAUUGCCUUGAUGAGACUGCAUUUACACAAGAAGUAAUUCCAAGUAGUAGUAAGUCUACAAUAUAUGACCUGUUCAAGUAUCACAUAUCAGGGUGGAGCUUGCUUGGGGGUACAGUUGGGAGUGGAGGCGGCAAGUGAGUGAAGCAUUGAACCCUGGGCGUAUGAUCCCCACUAACCCUUAGAUGGUGGUGGAACUAUAUAUAGAUGGUCCAAUAUUCUCAGUCAGUUUUGUAUGGUAGAAUCUAUAUAUAGACGAUAGUUAAAACAUCCAUUAUGUAGUGUAACUAUAUUUAUGCUACAGUCCUAAGGUUGGCAGUGACUCUAUAUAGACCAUUCAUUUUGGGGGGAGCUACCCUUCAAAUACUGCUGCCGUCUAAGGGUUAAUUGAUCACAUAUCCGUCGCACCAUGAAAGCCAACUUGACUAAAAACUAAACCAAUCCUUGGCAUGAUCUGACUGGACUUUCUUUGGUGUAAAUGCAGCCUCAGGGUUACUAGUGAUGAAGGGACUGUGAUUCUCAUUAGUACCAUUAUCUAUACACAUGCUUGGAUUCUGAAAGUUAAUGAUGACGAAGAGGCACUUUGUCAACUGUCACUAAGUUUAGUUUUCCUAACCAAUUAUGAUGUUCACCUGAAACUAAUAUGGGAGGAAUGUUUCUUGUCUCAAAUUAGUAUUUACAAAUUAUUUUAGUAAUCUUACAAGUAAUUUCAUACAAGUUCUCAUUUUUUUCCAUUUUAAAACUGAGUAAGAUAUUUUUAAACUAAAAAAUUACCCCUGUUGAUCUUUGUAGAGUAAAAAAAUGUCCGACUAAUAAAAAGGAUCAUGAAAAUGUACAUAGCUGAUAAAAAUCUCUUUGGGUAAUAAUGGGGGAGAGAGUCUGGUUUUGAAAAUGGACAAAGGGAGGCUUACUGUGAUUAGGUUGCAUUUACACUAAACUAAUAAACUUAAGCUAGCUUGAUUCCAUUUAAGGGGAGGAUAUUGUACAAACUUUUCCAUAAUCUGUUCCCACCUGGAGAGUUCGCUUUUGUUUAGUGUAAAUGCACCCCAAGGCUCUACAUGUACACCUGUGCAAGUGAAGAUCCUUGCCUGUGUCUGUUCAGCCCAGCAAAGGGAAAGGUUCUGUCUGCCUGAUGUUGGGAAGAACUGGGAGAAUCUUUCAAGUCUUCCCCUCCCUGUGAAUGGUCAAGCUGGGCUGGGCUGUACUACUCAUAAUGGUCUGCCUAUCUUCUGUUCUGGAUAUUAUCUGAAACAAAAAAUAAUGUUAGGCCAUUCUGAUGUGCAGCUGUUACAAUUUCACUAGUGUGUGGUAGAAAAAGUUAGUUGGUUUUUAGUUCACUUUGUUCUAUGUAAACCAAAAACAUGUCUACCAAAUAUGGCUGAUGGCCUGAUCUUAGUAUUAGCUUGUGUUGGCAGCUUUUUCAGGACUUGCAUUCCUACUUCUUGAAAUACAACACAUUACAGGAUUUAUUAACUUUCAGUUUACAUGUAAAGUUGGAAAGGAGGUGAAAAGAAAUACUUGUAGUGAAGUGGGCAUAUUCCUAAUUGGUAGUUUCAAAAAGGAUUUUCUUCAGGUGAAUUGAGGAAGGCCCGGUGCUAGCACAUCUAUGAAGCCAAGAUGCACGGUCAAGUCAGCUUGCUGACUGACUGAAGUUUCCAAGAGGAGGUCGUGGCCUGGUGUUAGUUGCUCUGGCAUCUCUGAUUAGUCUGCUCUCAAAAAGCAGGCAUACAAAUCGAUCAGAGAUGCCCAAGUUCCCAGCACCAGGUGACGACCUCCUCUGCUGGAAACUUCAGUUCGCAAGUUAGGUUGGCCAUGCAUCUUGGGUUGGUAGAGAUGUCACCACCUGGCCUUCCUCAGUUCAACUGUAGAAGGGCCUUUGGGAACUACUCAGGGAUAUACUCACCUCAUUUCAACGCAGUUUCCUUUCACAUCCUCUCCCAACUUUUUCAAAAUGUCCCAACAUUAACAUGCACAAUAAGUGUUUAGUGGUUGUAACAUUUUGUGUACUAUGUUAACUUCCACAUACAUAUGUAUAAAUUUACUGUGAAGGAGUGUAUGAAUUUACACUGGUUAAACCUGCAGCAUCACACAUGUAACAAAUCCGUCCAAAAGAUCUUUCCACUGUGUAGUUUUAUAGUUUAUUAAUAAGUAGUAGUUUCAGAUUUUUGUUACAUGGGUAACAAAUCCGUCCAAAUAAUCCUUCCAGUGUGAAGUCUUACUAUAUAUAGUUUCUUAAUAAAAAGUAAUAUUUAA